AGUGGCAGGCAUGUUGGUUCCCUCUCACAAAUCACAAAUGGUCACUCUCUCUCUUCUCCUUUUCUCCCACCAAACCAAAGCCUCUUUUAUGGCCCUGGGACCUCCUCACUCCUGACAUGGUGUGUCACAUUGCACACUCUUGUAUUCUGUAAAGCAUAUCCAUCAUAAAUUGUACUCAUUGCCUCUUUUCAUGUUUAUUAUAGGGACUAUUUUAUUUUGAAUCGAUACAAUACUAGUAUACUACUACUUCCUUCAAUUCUUCUAAUUAAACAACUUUCUACCUUCUUUGAUCACUUAUUCCCAUCCGGGUUUUAUUUAUUUUUUAUUUUUUUUUUUAAAAAAUUUCUGGGUUUUGGCUAUCCAAGAUGACACACCUUUUACUGGGUUUGUUGUUUGCCUUACUCUCCUUGUGGGAUUCUUCUGUUGGUUUUCUUACACCAGGUGGAGUCAAUUUUGAAGUGCAAGCUUUGAUGGAUAUUAGAGAUGCUCUAAGGGACCCACAUGGUGUUCUUGACAGUUGGGAUAGAAAUGCUGUGGAUCCUUGCAGUUGGGCUAUGGUUUCUUGUUCUGAGGAUCAAGUUGUUAGUCUGGGAAUACCAAGCCAGGGUUUAUAUGGAAGUCUAUCCCCAAGUAUUGGGAACUUAACAAAUCUUCAGACAGUGCUUUUGCAGAAUAACAACAUAUCAGGACAUAUUCCUUCUGAAUUAGGAAAGCUCUCAAAGCUUCAAACACUUGACCUUUCUGAUAAUCAUUUUAGAGGAAGAAUUCCCCCUUCUUUGUCUCAUUUGAAUAAUCUCCAUUACUUGAGGUUGAACAAUAACAGUCUUUCCGGUGAAAUUCCUCCAUCCCUUGCAGAAAUGACUCAGCUUACAUUCAUAGACUUAUCCUACAAUAAUUUGAGUGGUCCCGUGCCUAGAUUCCUGGCAAAGACAUUCAGUGUUGUAGGAAAUCCACAAAUAUGUGCUAUUGCAACUGAGAAAGAUUGCUCUGGAACAGCUCAGUUACCCCUUUCUUUCAAUGUCAACAGUUCAGAUAGUUCUCAGCCAUUUAAAAAACAUAGAGGCCAUGCUAGGCUUGCUUUAGCCUUGGGUUCGAGUCUCGCUAGCAUUUGCCUGUUGAUAUCCGGAUUUGGGUUCCUUUUAUGGUGGCGGCACAAGCACAACCAACAGAUGUUCUUUGAUGUUAAAGACCGACAUCAUGAAGAGGUUUUCCUUGGAAACUUGAGGAGAUUCCAUUUUAGGGAACUUCAAAGUGCAACAAACAACUUCAGUAGCAAAAACAUAGUAGGAAAAGGUGGUUUUGGGGUAGUAUACAAAGGGAACCUGUCAGAUGGUACAGUUGUGGCAGUUAAAAGGCUUAAGGAUGGAAACGCGGUAGGUGGUGAGAUCCAAUUCCAAACCGAAGUUGAAAUGAUCAGCUUGGCUGUACACAGGAAUCUUUUACGCCUAUAUGGGUUUUGUGCGACCACGACAGAGAGGCUUUUAGUUUAUCCAUACAUGUCGAACGGAAGUGUAGCUUCCCGUCUCAAAGCGAAGCCAGCUUUGGACUGGGGCACGAGAAAACGAAUUGCGUUAGGGGCAGGAAGGGGACUACUAUACCUUCAUGAGCAAUGUGAUCCUAAGAUAAUCCAUAGGGAUGUUAAGGCAGCUAAUAUACUACUAGAUGAUUAUUGUGAGGCCGUUGUCGGAGAUUUUGGCUUGGCUAAGUUAUUGGACCACCAUGAAUCACAUGUCACUACAGCUGUUAGGGGCACUGUGGGUCAUAUAGCUCCUGAAUAUCUCUCUACUGGACAAUCCUCAGAAAAAACUGAUGUGUUUGGAUUUGGAAUCCUUUUGCUAGAGUUGACAACUGGUCAAAGAGCUUUAGAUUUUGGGAAGGCAGCAAAUCAGAAAGGAGCUAUGUUGGAUUGGGUGAAGAAAAUUCACCAAGAGAAGAAGCUAGAAAUGUUGGUAGACAAGGACUUGAAGAACAACUAUGACAGGAUUGAGUUGGAGGAAAUAGUCCAAGUCGCACUCCUAUGUACUCAAUUUCUCCCAAGCCAAAGGCCUAAGAUGUCGGAAGUCGUAAGGAUGCUUGAAGGGGAUGGGCUCGCGGAAAAAUGGGAAGCUUCACAAAGAGCUGACUCGAGCAGGAGCAGAGCCAACGAGUUCUCAUCUUCAGAGCGGUACUCUGAUCUUACUGAUGAUUCUUCUUUGCUCGUCCAAGCAAUAGAGCUCUCUGGACCCAGAUGAUAAUAGUUAUGUUUCGUAUAAUGGGACUCACAGUCUAAUUUGUAGCUAAAAUAGAGAGCUCAGGUGAAUCGGCCAAGAUGGGCUCAUUACAAGAUCGUACGUUUGUCCAUAACUUGUUAUUGUACAGAAUUAGAAUCAGAAUCGGAAUCCAAGAACUUAUUCUACAAUGAGUAUUACGUUACAAGCGACCGUCUUCGUAAUUGCAUAGAAUCUUGCUGAAGAGUGUGCAUCAAGGUCUUGAGAAUGGUCCUUUAUAAUUUUGGGUUAUUAAUUAUAAUACUUAUUAUAUGUUAUAUUUAAGGCUUGUAAGCAAAUAGUAGAGUGGAAUAUAGACAAGGGUGUAUAAUGUAUAUUUGAAUUAGUGAAUCUUCUAGUAGUAAAGCUAAAAAUUGAUGGUGA